AUGCCCCACACCACCUCCAAGUCCCAAGUUCCAGUACCAGUGCAGAUGGCCCAAAAUGGGCAGACUUCACGGCAGCCCCCAGGCAAAGAUGUCUCCCCAAGCAUCAUCAGGGUAUUGGUGAAGACGCCUAAUGCCCAGGAGGAAUUUGUGGUGUCGGACGAUACUACCGUGAGUCAAUUCAAAGAGGCCAUUUCAACCCAGUUCAAAUGCAAUGUUGAUCAGCUAGUUCUGGUUUUUGUGGGCCGUAUCCUGAAAGAUCAGGACACUCUGUAUCAGAGGGGUAUCUUGGAUGGCUAUACGGUCCAUCUGGUCAUCAAGUCCAAGAAUGGUCCCCCACCCCAGCCCUCCGGGCCCCACGGGCCACUUCUCAUGGACUUGGGCCCUCGAGAGGGAAUAGGAAAAGUAGUGGGUAAUGGGGGGCGACAGCCCAUCAUCCCUAUCCGUAACACAAUGCCGCCCCCCAUACCAGCUAGUGAGCCUGAGAAGGCCAAAGCCCAGAGUCAGGUUCCACAGCCACGUACCGCAGAGAGAAUGGCGCAGAUGCUUGAGAGUCCUGUCAUCCAACAGCUCCUCUCCAACACCGAGCUGAUGAGGCAGUUGAUCAUGGACCACCCUGAGGUGCAGCAGCUGAUGAAACAGAAUCCUGAGGUGGGCCACAUCCUGGACAACUCAGAGAUUCUGCGGCACACCCUGGACCUGGCUCGGAAUCCAGCCAUGAUGCAGGAGAUGAUACAGAGACCUGAUAUGCCAAGGCCCCCAGAAGGCUUCUGGGAUGACCCCCAGCUUCUAGAAGACUUGACCUCUGGGAGCCGAUUUACAGGCAGCAUGCUACAGCUGCUGGUACAAAACCCACACCUGGCAGCACAGAUGAUGCUGUUCAUGGGGUCACCUCAGCUCUAUGAGCAGAUGCGGCAACAGCUCCCCACGAUCCUGCAGCAGAUGCAGCUGUCAGACCUGCUGCUGGCCCUGGCAAACCCCAAAGCGUCCCAGGCACUGCUGCAGAUUGAGCAAGGUCUCCAGAUGCUGUCCACAGAAGCUCCAGCCUUGCUGCCAUGGCUCACCCCGUACCUGUGGGGCUUGGGGAGGAACGGCUUCCCCGAGACCACCGCAGCAGGGGCCCAGAGCAAGGAGGCGCCUGGUCCUCCGGGCAGAGGGAAGACCGAUACACGCUACCAACCCCUCGCCAUCCUCCAGCGUCUUCAGGCUCUUGCUGGAGGAUACUCCCAGCAGAUGCAGCCUCCUGAAGUCCGAUUCCGUCCGCAGAUGGAACGUCUGAGAGCCAUGGGCUUCCGCAACCACAAUGCCAACCUUCAGGCAUUGAUUGCCACUGAAGGAGACACCAGUGCUGCUGUCCGUAGGCUCAAAAGGUCCCAGGCAUCUUAG